AUGCUGGUGGCGUCGCCUUGUCGCACAGAGUGCGUGCUUUGCGUCGCCUCCAUGCUGUCUGGUCUGGCAGCCUUACAGUUCUUUUCGCCUCUCAAGGCUCUACUUAGCUCGUCCUUGCACGCGCCAUGGGCCAUGAGGAGAGGCGGCCCCAUGGGGCGACCCCGAGGUGCCCUCGGGAGGCAGGAGGCCCCCCCCGCGCACCCUGCCUUUUUUUUCGUGGGGCGCUCCAGCGAGGGCGUCUCGCCUCCAAGGGAUCGAGGGGCUGACGUCUCCUCCUCGGCGGAGGCCACCAGAAGGGUGGCGCACGCCCGCUGA